AUGAAGUUCAUACAAAGCACACUUCUCUCUCUGGCGCUCUUCUCGCCCUUGAUCACCGCCGCCGGGAAGUCAAAGCCCACUUGGCCCAAGCCUACCGACGGUUUCUACACCAUCUCCAACUUCACAUUCGACACGGGCGAGAGCCUCGACGAACUCGAGAUCCACUACAAGACCCUGGGCAACCUAAAGGUCAAUAAGGACGGCUCCAACAACGCCGUUGUCCUCUUGCACUCCACCACCCAGUCUAGCGAGCAGUUCUUUAGCGAGGACUUUGCUGCUGUUCUCUUCAACCGUGGACAGUUGCUCGACGCCAAGGACUACUUCAUCAUCAUGCGCGAUGCUAUUGGGCAUGGAAACUCAAGCAAACCUAGUAAUACUGACUUGCGCGCUUCGUUCCCAAAGUAUCAGUACCCCGAUAUGAUUCGCGCCGACCAUAUUCUCUUGACGGAGCACUUCAAGCUCAACCGUACCCGCUUGACCCUCGGCGUUUCCAUGGGCGGAAUGCACAUUUGGAUGAUGGGGGCCAAGUACCCCGGCUUUUCGGAUGCUCUGAUGCCCAUCUCUUCAUCUCCAGUUGAAGUCGGUGGUCAUAAUCGCUUAUUCCGAAAGUUCAUCACCGACAUAAUCACUCUCGACCCUGCCUGGAAGGGCGGUGACUACAAGGAGCAACCCGUCGGCGGCCUCGGAGGCUCUCUCUUCAUUCAACUCACCAUGCUCCAGUCUCCCGCAUUCUGGCAACGAACCGCCCCGACCGGUGAAGCAGUGAACCAGUACGUCGAUCAGGGCAUCAUCCCACGCCUUCUUGAGUUCGACGCCAACGACCAGCUCUUCGCCUGGAAUGCCUCUCAGACAUACAACCCCAAGGCCGGCCUUAAAAAGAUCAAAGUGCCCCUGACUGCGGUCAACACAGCUGAUGACUGGAUGAACCCUGUCGAGCUUGGGUUUCUGCAAGAUGGUGUUGAAAACGAAAUGACUCCUGGGUACGGGCGAGCGGUUAUUCUGCCUGCGAGCAAGGAUACCACGGGCCAUGAUAGUUACAUCAAAGCUAAACUGUGGAAGGAUGAGCUUGAGAAACUUCUCGCUCGAUCAGCUUCCUAUUUAGGUCUAAGCAGCCUGGGAGAGUUGCAUCAUACGCCAUGA